GUAACUAAAAUAAAAUGGAUUCUACUCCGUCGAAAAAUAAAGCCAUGAGUAAAGACGAAAUCCAUUGUCUUGUGGAAUUAGUAGAGGCAAACAAAAUUAUCGUAAGUAAAGAGACGAAUGCCUCUACUAAUAGACUUAAAGAUGAAGCAUGGGUUUCAUUAACAGCUGCUUUUAAUGCCAGAAAUGGAACAAUCCCCAGGCAAAAAGAACAAUUAAAGUCCAAGUGGGACAAUUUAAAAAAGGCAGCUCGUAAAAGAGCCCAACAAAUAAGAAUGAACCAUUUAAAGACUGGUGGUGGAAAGCCCGACUACAUACCGCCGGAUGAAACGUUAAGUAAAGUAGAAUCCUUAUUGGGUUCAACAUGUAAUGGCUUUGUUGUGCCUUUUGGUGGGGAUGGUGUGGGUGAUGUAGGUGAUAACAUUGUGGUGGAGGUUUUUAAUGAAAUUGGUGAAAGUCCUAGUGCUGGCAUUAUAAGUAAUGAAAAAAUUAAUGAUGACUUGGUUUUUACCCCUACUACGAGUGGAGGUCUAAAGCGAAAAGCAGAGGAAAGAAAAUUUUUGUUUGGCAUGCAUAAUAUGUCAAAUUCAUUAAAAACCAAAGAAAAAAAAAGAAAAGAAAACGACGACAGCCGACAGCAAUUAAAUUUGGCUGCAAAAUACUAUUACGAAAAGAAAGCAGAAAAAUUAGAAUUAGAAAUAAAGUUACUUAGAAUCGAAUUAGCUAAUAAGGAGAAUAAUUGUAAUUGUAAUUUAAAUAAAUAGGUUUUUUUAUAAUAGUUACUUAGAAUAGA